AUGUGGGUUAUGUGUUUAAUUACUGUGUUUUGUGGGUGGGGUGUAUGGGGACAAAGGUUUCAACAAACCUCCGGGGAUAUGGAAAAAGUUGAAUACCAGUACAAGAUCGAGAAGUGGCUGAAUAACGUCGAUUCUGAUUUAUCCCAGUUCAAUUCAUUGGCAGCCCAUUUGACCUGGAAGCUGUCUACAUUUCCCGACGAGAAAACCUCACGACAAGCGAGACAACUAGGAAAAGUGAGAAACAGGUGGAAAAACAACGUGUGUGAAUCGACAAUUAGACACGAAUGGAUAACGCCGGAACAGAGAAGGAAGAUUUAUCUCUUGUGCAGAGGACCGAAAUUCACCGAUGAAAUGGCUCUAGAAUAUUUGGAAGUACUAGGAAAGAUGGCGCAAGAGUUUAAUGAUCAAGUCUGUUUAACUGGAUUUCCUGCUAAGGUUAAUAAAACUGCUCCUGAUUUUCCCAAAAAUGGAGAUUGUUUGUAUGGAGAGCCAGAAUUGGAACGGAUUAUGAAAAGAACUGAUUUGGAUCCCCAACAGCUGAAGUGGAUUUGGAUGAACUGGCAUGAUUCGAUGGGUCCGAGACUUAAAGACAAAUUCAGAUUAGCUGUGAAUUAUCAAAAUGAGGCGGCCAAAAAUAAUGGAUAUAACAACAUUGGAGAAGUCUGGCGCGAGGAACUCGAGACGCCUCAAUUAGAAAAGUUUGUGUUUGAUUUAUACAAAGAAGUGAAGCCUCUUUACAUGCUUCUUCAUGCGGUCGUAAGACAUAAACUCUUACAAAAAUAUGGACCAUCUCAAAUUGAUCCAAAAGGCCCAAUUCCGAUACACUUGUUGGGAAAUAUGUGGGGUCAAGAUUGGACGUCUUUACUUGAAAUGUUUCCAGUUACCCAAAACAAGAUUGAUUUGGAUACAAGCCUUCGCAAAAAGAAUCUUACUAUUGAAGAAAUGGUUUUAGAAGCUGAAGAUUUUUACAGAUCCUUGAAUUUCCCUAAAAUGACCCAAAAAUUUUGGAAAUAUUCUAUUUUUGAAGAAAAUGAAAAUACAACAUUGUGUCACGGAACAGCUGCAAAUUUAUUCAGCAGAAAUGAUUACAGGAUGUUGAUGUGUGGUAAAGUUUCAAUGGACGAUUUCUAUGUUAUACAUCAUGAAAUGGGUCAUAUUGAAUAUUAUAUGGCCUAUCAGGAUCAACCCGCAAUUUUCCAGGACGGUACCACCACAGCAUUCCACGAGAGUAUUGGAGACGCCAUAAUGCACGGUGUAAUGACUCCGCAACAUCUUCACCGUCUCAGUAUUAUCACUGACGAUCAAUUGCUAGACAACAGUACAGCACUUUUUCUUCUUUUCUAUCAAGCAUUAUCAAAAAUUCCUGAAAUACCAUUUUCGCUCAUUCUAGACAAAUAUCGUUGGGACAUUUUCAAAGGUUCCGUAACUUAUGAUCAAUGGAAUGACUAUUACUGGCAUUUAACCAAAACGUUUAGAGGAAUUGUCCCUCCUGAGAAACGUAAUCCUGAACUCUUUGAUGCCGGAGCCAAGUUUCACAUUCCUGACAACACCCCGUAUAUACGAUAUUUCUUGAGUGGUAUUAUCCAAAUGCAGUUGUUUCGAAGUUUGUGUGAAUUAUCUUUGUAUGGAAAAAUUCAAGAUGUAUCAGAGCAGUCUUACUUGCCGUUGCAUAAUUGUGAUAUUUACGGAUCAAAGGAUGUGGGGAAAAAGUUCAUGGAAAUGAUGGAAAAAGGUGCGAGUAUUCGUUGGCCGGAAGCGCUUUUGAUAGUUAGUGGAACUCCGCAUAUCUCCGCAAAACCACUUCUAGAGUAUUAUAAACCAGUUUACACAUGGCUAAACAAGUAUGUGGAAUCAAAUAAUGUGUAUGUCGGUUGGUACUCAUAA